AUGGCCAGCGGCGGGCGCAGGGGCGCCGAGGAGGACCAGGAGACCCUGAGGAAGCUGAUCGUCCGCCUGGGCAAUGUGCAGGAGGGCAAGCAAGUGGGCACGCUGGUGCAGACGCUCGAGGACGCGCUGCUGCUCACCUACGCCCCGCACGCUUCCACAUUAUUUCAAGGAAAAACCGUACAUGUGCCGCUGCUGGUGGUCCUGGACUCGUACCUGGGGGUGGCCUCUAUACAGCAGGUGGGCUGGUCACUUCUGUGCAGAUUAAUAGAAAUAUGCCCUGAAACAAUGCAGAGCUUGAUGGGACCCCGGGAUGUCGGACGUGACUGGGAAGUCCUUGGGGUUCAUCAGCUGAUUCUUAAGAUGCUGAUGAUUCACAAAACCAGCGUGAACCUGUCCACGGUGGGCUUGAAAGCCCUUGACCUCCUCCUAACUUCAGGGAAAAUUACGCUGCUGAUAUUGGAUGAAGAAAGUGAUGUCUUCUUGUUGAUUUUCGAUGCCAUGCGGACAUUUUCAACCAAUGAGGAAGUUCAGAAACUUGGAUGCAGUGCUUUACAUGUGCUGUUUGAGAGAGUUUCAGAGGAGCAACUGAUUGAAUUUGUGGAGAAUAAAGAUUAUGUGAUAUUGCUAAAUGCAUUAAAUGCAUUCAAGAAUGAAGAGGAAAUUGUGUUUCAUGUACUGCACUGUUUGCACUCCUUAGCAGUGCCUUGUAACAAUGUGGAAGUGCUCAUGAGCGGCAACGUGCGGUGCUACAAUAUCGUAGUGGAUGCCAUGAAGGCCUUUCCCAGCAGUGAGAACAUCCAGGCUGUGAGCUGCUGCCUGCUGCACAGACUGAGCUUGGGGAACUUCUUCAACAUUUUGGUGCUGAAUGAGGUGCAUGUGUUCGUGGUGGCAGCCGUAAGGCAUUUUCCCAGGAAUGCCACAGUACAGGUGGCUGCGCUCAGCUGUCUGGCUCUCCUCACUGAGACCAUUUUCUUAAACCAAGACUUGGAGGAGAAGAAUGAGUGCCUGGAGGCUGAGGAGGCUGAGGAGGAGCAGCUGUUCUGGCUGAGAUCCUGUUAUGAAGCCCUGACAUGGCACCGGAAGAACAGGCAUGUGCAGGAGGCGGCAUGCUGGGCUCUGAAUAAUCUCCUCAUGUACCAGCAGAGUCUACACGAGAACAUUGGAGAUGAAGAUGGCCAGUUUCCGGCUCAUAGGGAGGUGAUGUUGGCCAUGCUGAUGCAUUCCUCGUCCAAAGAAGUCUUCCAGGCAUCUGCCAACGCACUCUCUACUCUGCUGGAACAAAAUGUUAAUUUCAGAAAAGUCCUGUUGUCCAAAGGAAUAUUCCUGAAUGUACUAGAAUUGAUGCGGAAACAUGCACAGUCUCCUGAAGUGGCUGAAAGCGGCUGCAAAAUGCUAAAUCAUCUGUUUGAAGGAAGCAUCUCUUCCCUGGACACAAUGGAAGUGGUAACUCCAAGAAUCAUUGCCAUUAUGAAGAGCCAUGAAGCCUUGCCAUCUGUGCAGCUGGAGGCACUGAGAGCUGUUUCACAUUUUAUAGUUCCUGACAUGCCGGAAGAAUUCAGGGGAGAUACUGAAGAGCAGCAGAAGCUAAAUUUGGUUCAAAAGCAUUUCUUGAAGAAUCAUAUCCACAAGCUGGUCUUAGCAUCUCUGAAUAGGUUCAUUGGCAAUCCUGGGAUUCAGAAAUGUGGAUUGAAAGUCAUUUCCUCUAUAGCCUGUUUUCCUGAAGCACUUGAGGAGCUGUCCCAAGAGGGAGCUGUAGAUACAGUGGUGCACGCACUGCAGAUGUUUCCUGACAGUCAAGAAAUUCAGUGUCUGGGUUUAAGUCUUAUAGGCUGCUUCGCUACGAAGAAGAACUUAGGCAUAGGAACUGGACAUCUGCUAGCAAAGAUUCUGGUGUCCAGUUUGCAAAGAUUCCCUGAUGUUCGUGAUGUGCAGAUGAAGGGUUUUCAGACCAUCCUGACAUUACUGGAAUUGCUGCCUCCCUUUUCCUCCAAGCUGCUGUUGCAUCAUUCAUUUGAUUUGGUCAUUUUCCAUCAGAUGUCUUCCAGCAUCCUCGAGCAAAAGGACCAGCAGUUUCUGAAACUUUGCUGCAAAUGCUUUGCAAAACUGAGUGUGGAAGAUGAGCAGAAGAGCUUGAUGUUGGAGCGAGCCUGUGAGCAGAACAACAGCAUCAUGGCUGAAUGUUUGCUCCUGCUGGGUGCUGAUGUCAAUGGAGUCCAGGACACCCCUCCUCUGAUCUGCCAGGUGUGUGAGAAGACCAGCAGUCCCCAGUUGGUGGAGUUGCUGCUUGAUGCUGGCUCCCGAGAGCAAGACAUCCGGGACGCACUGGCCAUCAGUGUGGCCAAAGGUGACAGCCCUGUGGUCAGCCUGUUGCUGAGGAGACUGGCCCUGGACCUGGCCAAUAGCAGCAUCUGCCUGGGUGGCUUCUGCUUGGGGAAGCUUGAGCCUGCAUGGCUGGGACCUCUGUUCCCAGAUAAGACACCCAGUACCAAGAGCAAGACACAUAUUGGGUCCACACUGGCCCGUAUGGUGCUCCGGUGCCAGGCGCACAGCGUGGGACCUGUGAACACAGCUUCCAGCUCGGAAGCGCCUGUUCCUGAGGCCCUUGAGCAGUUCGAUGACUGGACUUUCAUUUCUGAAACCUUUGUGGACAGUGUGUUUGGUCCAAGUGAUGACCUGGAUAGUGAAGGAAGUGGCAGCUCAUUUCUUAUGAAAAAGAAGCCAAAUUCAAUCAGCGUGGGAGAAUUUUACCGAGACCCUGUCUUGCAGCAUUGCUCUCCAAAGCUACCAAGGCAUUCCAGUUCUUUGGAGCCGUUUUUAAACCAUGAAAACUUGCUGAAGCGAGAAAGAAAAAUAUUAUCUUCAGAUGAUUCACUCAGGUCAUCAAAGCUUCAGUCUAGCACAAGGCCUUCUGACAGCUCUUCUUCCCUGGUUCUUGAGAGAGAAUAUAUCACAUCAUUAGACCUUUCAGCAAAUGAGCUGAGAGACAUCGACGCCCUCAGCCAGAAGAGUGGGCUCAGCAGCUACCUGGAGCACCUGCAGAGGCUGGAGCUUCACCAGAACAUGCUCACGGGCUUCCCUCAGCAGCUGUGUGAGAUGCUGAAGUGUCUGACUCAUUUGGACUUGCACAGUAACAGACUCAUCUCAUUCCCCCCAUAUUUGCUGAAGAUAAAGUGUUUGGCCACUCUUGACAUCUCUCGUAACAACAUUGGGUCCUUGGUCCUAGAGACCACAUGGAAGUGUCCAACCCUGAGACUGCUUAACCUGUCAUACAACCAGCUGACUUUUCUUCCUGAGCACCUGAGCACUGUUGCCGAGAACUUGGAACAACUGAUUGUGGAAGGAAAUAAAAUAUCAGAACUGUGUUCCCCCUUGAGUCUAAAGGAACUGAAGGUUUUGAACCUUAGUAAGAACUUCAUCUCCUUACUACCCAAGGACUUCCUGGAGGCCUGUCCUAAAGUGGAAAAUUUUAGUGCUCAGAUGAAUUUUCUUGCUGAUAUGCCUUUUUUGCCUUCUUCUCUGACAAGUCUAAAAUUAUCUCAAAACAGAUUUACAUGUGUUCCAGAAGCAAUUUUAAAUCUUCCACACUUGCGGUGCAUAGACAUGAGUAGCAAUUUUAUCCAGUGCCUCCCUGGUCCUGCUCACUGGAAGUCCUUGAAUUUAAGAGAGCUCUUGUUCAGCUAUAAUCAGAUCAACAUUUUGGACUUGAGUGAAAAGGCAUUUAUGUGGUCAAGAAUGGAGAAACUACAUAUUUCUCACAAUAAACUGAAAGAGAUUCCUCCUGAGAUUGGCUAUCUUGAAAAUCUAACAUCUCUUGAUGUUAGUUACAACGUGGAACUGAGAUCCUUUCCUAAUGAAAUGGGAAAAUUAAGCAAGAUAUGGGAUCUACCUUUGGAUGAACUACGUCUUAAUUUUGAUUUUAAACAUAUUGGAUGUAAAGCCAAAGACAUCAUAGGAUUUCUUCAGCAGCGAUUAAAAAAGGCCGUGCCUUAUAACCGAAUGAAACUGAUGAUGGUGGGAAAUACUGGCAGUGGUAAAACCACCUUACUGCAGCAGUUAAUGAAGAUGAAGAAAUCCGAUCUUGGGGCACAGAGUGCCACUGUUGGCAUUGACGUGAAGGACUGGCCUGUCCAGAUUAGGGGCAAAGGAAAGAAAGACCUGGUUCUCAACGUGUGGGAUUUUGCAGGCCGAGAGGAGUUCUACAGCACACACCCUCACUUUAUGACCCAGAGGGCCCUUUACCUGGCAGUGUACGACCUCAGCAAAGGACAGACUGAAGUGGAUGCCAUGAAGCCUUGGCUAUUCAAUAUCAAGGCACGAGCCUCCUCAUCUCCUGUGAUCCUCGUGGGCACGCAUUUGGAUGUUUCUGACGAGAAGCAGCGCAAAGCCUGCAUUAGUAAGAUUACCAAAGAGCUCCUGAACAAGCGAGGGUUUCCUGCAAUACGGGAUUACCACUUUGUGAAUGCUACUGAAGAAUCCGAUGCUUUGGCCAAACUUCGGAAAACCAUCAUAAAUGAGAGCCUGAAUUUCAAGAUUCGCGAUCAGCCUGUGGUUGGACAAUUGAUUCCAGAUUGCUACGUGGAACUUGAGAAAAUCAUUUUAUCAGAGCGUAAAAAUGUGCCAAUUGAAUUUCCUGUAAUUGGCCGGAAACGAUUGUUCCAGCUCGUGAGAGAAAACCAGCUGCAGUUGGACGAGCAAGAGCUCUCCCAUGCAGUCCAUUUCCUCAACGAAUCGGGAGUCCUUCUUCACUUCCAAGACCCUGCACUACAGCUAAGUGACUUAUAUUUUGUGGAACCCAGGUGGCUUUGCAAAGUCAUUUCCCAGAUUUUAACAGUGAAAGUGGUGGAAGGCUGCCCAAAGCGCCCUAAGGGAAUUAUUUCACGCAGAGAUGUGGAAAGAUUUCUUUCAAAGAAAAAGAGAUUUCCAAAGAACUACAUGUCACAGUACUUUAAGCUCCUAGAGAAAUUCCAAAUUGCCUUGCCAAUAGGAGAGGAAUAUUUGCUCAUUCCAAGCAGUCUCUCUGACCACAGACCUGUGAUUGAGCUUCCCCACUGUGAGAAUUCUGAAAUUAUCAUCCGGCUCUAUGAAAUGCCUUAUUUCCCACUGGGAUUUUGGUCAAGAUUAAUCAGUCGAUUACUUGAAAUUUCACCUUUCAUGCUUUCAGGAAGAGAGCGAGCUCUUCGGCCAAAUAGAAUGUACUGGCGACAAGGCAUCUACUUGAAUUGGUCUCCUGAAGCCUAUUGCCUGGUGGGCUCUGAAGCUUUUGACAAUCGCCCAGAGAGCUUCUUAAAAAUCACUGUUCCUUCAUGUAGAAAAGGCUGUGUGCUUUUGGGCCAAGUCGUGGACCACAUAGACUCCCUAAUGGAAGAAUGGUUUCCUGGGCUGCUGGAGAUCGAUAUUUGUGGGGAAGGAGAAACUCUCUUGAAGAAAUGGGCACUCUAUAGUUUUAAUGAUGGGGAAGAGCAUCAAAAGAUUCUGCUGGAUGACUUGAUGAAGAAGGCUGAACAAGGAGACCUCCUCAUAAGCCCAGACCACCCGAAGCUCACCAUUCCAAUAUCUCAGAUAGCUCCUGACCUGAUUUUGGCUGACCUGCCGAGAAACAUUAUGUUGAAUAAUGAUGAACUUCAUUUUGAACAAGCUCCAGAAUAUCUCUUGGGUGAUGGCAGCUUUGGAUCAGUUUAUCAAGCAACCUAUGAAGGAGAAGAAGUGGCAGUGAAGAUUUUUAAUAAACAUACAUCACUUAGAUUGUUAAGACAAGAGCUGGUGGUACUCUGCCACCUCCACCACCCCAGUCUCAUAUCUCUGCUGGCAGCUGGGAUCCGUCCGCGCAUGCUGGUGAUGGAAUUGGCCUCCAGGGGUUCCCUGGAUCGCCUGCUGCAGCAGGAUGCCACUGGCCUCACCCGGACCCUUCAGCACAGGAUUGCCCUGCAUGUGGCUGAUGGUUUGAGGUACCUUCACUCAGCCAUGAUCAUAUACAGGGACCUGAAGCCCCACAAUGUGUUGCUCUUCACCCUGUACCCCAAUGCGGCCAUCAUUGCCAAGAUCGCAGACUACGGGGUUGCUCAGUAUUGCUGCCGCAUGGGGAUAAAAACAUCUGAGGGCACCCCAGGCUUUCGAGCACCUGAAGUUGCCAGAGGAAAUGUUAUUUAUAACCAGCAAGCGGAUGUUUACUCAUUUGGCUUAUUACUGUAUGACAUUUUGACGACUGGAGGUCGAAUAGCAGAAGGCCUAAAGUUCCCUAAUGAGUUUGAUGAAUUGGCAUUACAAGGAAAAUUACCUGAUCCAGUCAAAGAAUACGGUUGUGCCCCUUGGCCUAUGGUUGAAAAAUUAAUUAAACAAUGUUUGAAGGAAAAUCCCCAAGAAAGGCCUACUUCCGCUCAGGUCUUUGAUAUUUUGAAUUCAGCUGAAUUGAUAUGUUUGAUGAGACACUUAGUGAUCCCUCCCAACCUACCUGUUGAGUGCAUGGUCGCUACAAACCCCAGCAACAAGCACCCCGGCCUUUGGCUGGGCUGUGGACAUGCUGACAAAGGCCAGCUCUUGUUUCUGGACUUAAACACAGAAGAACACACUUUGGAGGAAGUAACUGCUAGCAGGAUACUGUGUCUGGCCCUGGUGCAUCUACCUGCUGAAAAGGAAAUGUGGAUUGUAUGUGGAACCCAGUCUGGCAGGCUCCUGGCCAUCAGUGCUCAAGAUGGGAAGAAGAAACACACUCUUCAGUCGAUGUCUGAUUCUGUCACUUGUUUGUAUUGCAACUCCUUCUCUAAGCAAAGCAAACAAAGGAACUUUCUUUUUGUGGGAACUGCCAAUGGAAACUUGGCAAUUUUUGAAGAUAAAAUGGUUAAGUAUCAAGGAGCUGACCCUUUGAAGACAGUGAAUAUAGGGAAUACCAGCACACCAGUGACGUGCAUCUGUGAGUCUGUGAGUUCUACUGAAAAAGACAUGUUGUGGGGAGGCUGUGGCACCAAGAUUUUCUUACUGUCCAAUGAUUACAAUAUUCAGAAACUCAUCGAGACCAGGACAAGUCAACUGUUUUCUUAUGCGUCCUUCAGUGAAUCCAACAUUAUAGCAGUGGCAGUGGACACAGCUCUAUAUGUUGCCAAGAAAAACAGUCCAUUCGUGGAGGUGUGGGAUAAGAAAACAGAAAAACUCUGCCAACUCAUAGACUGUGUGCACUUUUUAAAGGAAGACGUGAAAAUGAACCAGGAAUCCAGGCAGAAAAUGUCAUAUUCUGGCCGUGUCAAGAGUCUCAGCCUGCAGAAGAACACAGCUCUCUGGAUAGGCACCGGGGGAGGUGCUGUCCUACUCCUGGACCUUUCCACUCGCCGAGUACUGCACGUAGUUCACAACCUGUGUGAUUCUGUGCGAGGGUUGAUGAUGGCACAACUAGGCAACCUUAAAAAUGUCAUGCUGGUUUUGGGAUAUACCCGGACAAGUACCAAAGAAUUACAAUCUUGUUUGUCUGUUUGGGACAUCAAUCUUCCGCAUGAAGUGCAAAAUUUAGAGAAACAUAUUGAGGUGAGAAAAGAAUUAGCUGAAAAAAUGAAAGGAAUAUCUGUUGAAUAGAAGGAAAUAGGAGGUCCUUGACUUUGGAUGGGAAAAUGAUCUCUUCUUGUGAAUAUUUUCUUUAAAAUGUUUGUAUAAAAAGGGUACUUCUAGUCUUUGAAAUAUCUGGUUUGUAUAUAAAGGAAUGUUUAUAU